CCGCAAAGGAAAAAAAAAAAAAAAACCACAGCCACCGUUUCUUGAAUCUGAUCCGCGGUAACAUUUUCGUUGUGUAAUUUUGUAAAAACUGCUCGUUUGUGUAAUUAAUCGCCCCCAACAUGAAGGAGUCCGACUCCGCGCUGGAGUUGCAGGUGAACGCCAACGAGAUGUGCCGCACCUGCCUCGCAGCGGAACUUCCGCCGGACCAGCUGAAGCCGAUUUUCUGCAACGAAAUCGUCGACGGCCGGAUCGUUCCCUUCCCGAAGGUGCUCGAGCUUACGAUGGGUUUUAAGCCAACGAAAAACGAGGUUCUUCCGAAGAAUGUUUGCGUGAGUUGUAAAACGAAGCUGAAGGAGUUGUACUCGUUCAAAGACAAAGUAUGCAAAUCGGAAGAUUUGCUGUAUGAGAUAUUCAACUGCGAGAAACCGCCGGAGCAAAAGCCAACGGUGGUGGCGGUGACGAGGCCACCGAUGAUCGCGGCGGAAACCCAAACUGACUGCAUACGGAUCGAUGAAGGCGAUGCCGGAAGUUACCGGGCUUUUCUAACCCUCCAGAAAGCUCCCAAACCUGUCACCAAUGAUGCUGCAACUGAUUGUUUCGUACAAUCGUUGGAGUCGGCCUGUCAGACCAUUCCCAUUGCGAAGCCAACGGUUCGAAGUGCCUCAAUCCAGGUGUCGCCCCCGCUGAAGCACUCCGGAACCCAGGUUGACGAAGAGCUGGAUCUGGAGGUGCUGCAAUUUGACGUGGUGGAAAUGAUGGAUGAAACGGAACCGGAGCAGCUACAGCAGCAGCAGUUGGCUUCGGAGCAGUUGGACCAAGUGCUGGAGGAGGCCACUGCACAGAGCGAAGUGCAGGACUUUGAAACGGAUGAAGAACUUCCUGCGGAACCCCUGAAGCCUGUCGGCAAGGUUGAAUCUGUCGAAGAACCGGAAGAUCCAAGCGAGUACUUGAGCUACGAGGCUUUGGAAGAACCCGACUCUGAUUCGACGACCAAAGUAAAACAGCCUGAAAAGGAACCACCUGCUGCGACGAAAGCCAUCUCCGAGUGUCAGUACUGUCAGUUCUCAACGGAGGACAAGGCCGCCUUCAAAGCGCAUCUAAAUGUGCACCACCAAACGUUGGAAAAUAUUCUGCUGAAAACGGAUUACUUCCGGUGCAUGAACUGCUUUUCGGUGUUUAAUUCCGGCGCUGCCCUAAAGUAUCACUUUCAAGACGGCCCGUGCGAUGCCAUGAGGAAUGAAUUGAUUGAAACCGAAGAAGUCGACAAGCACGAGAAAUUUUACAGCCACGGGUUCGACAUUUGCCUUCCGAAGAUGAAGUCAUUCCAUAAAAUCAACAAAAUUUCGGUUGCUUGCGGUACCUGCAACAUGCAGUUCAAAACGUUUGAAGAAGCGACGGAUCACUACACGAUACACGAGCAGGAGCUGGAAUCUCAGCAGGAUGUCGACCAAAUCUGGGAAAAGAACGAUUUCAGCCAAAUCCAUUACUGCGGAAUUUGUAACGAACCAUUCCCCGACGCGACCUUCAUCCGGCAGCACGUUUACUUCCAUCGGAACGCCUUCGAUUGUCCGUUUGACUGCCCGGCAUCAUGCUACACAUUUGGAAGUCUAACGGAGCACAUAAAACGACACCUAUCGUCAUCCGAGGAACCGCAACCUCCAAGUACACCCAAAUCUACAUUAAAGAAACCUAAAGCAACCUCCACACAACCAACCGAUCUCGUAUGCGAAAUUUGCUCAAAAUCAUUCAACUCCAAAGCCUCCCUCAAAGUGCACACAAAGAACCACUACGCCGAUCGGCGCCACGUCUGUUCGAUGUGUCCCAAGUCCUUCAUCCAAAAGUCCGACCUCACCAUACACAUCCGGUCGCACACGGACGAGCGGCCGUUCGCUUGUACCGUGCCGGGCUGCGAUAAAAAGUUCCGAACGUCGAGCCACCGGCGGGACCACAUGUCGACGCACGCCGCGCAGAACGCAUUCCAGUGUGAAUUCUGCCAGAAGAUGUUCAAAGCGGAACGGAUCCUGCAGGGGCAUCUGAGGUUACACACCGGUCUGAAACCCUUCGAAUGCGAGCUGUGCGGGAAAGCCUUCAGCCGGAAGCAGCACCUCAAGCUUCAUAUGAAAACGCACGAAAAGGAGAAGGAAUGAACUGCUGCAGGUAAGUAGGUUAUGAAUAUAUGUUCAAAUAUAUGAAUGAGUAGG